AUGCCUUCGAUACUCGCCAAAGCUCUGCUCUAUCUCGCAGCAGCUGCCAGCUCUGGAACUGCCCUUGGGCAUACGAAGAUGGGCUACGACGUUGUCUUUCCCGCGAUGAAGAAGCUUGGCGUGAAGGAUAAAGGGGCCAUCUCUGCGAAGAUUGGAUGGAUGGAGGUGAACCAGGGCUUCGUACUCCUCGCCAUCUUCGCCGUCAAAUGGGCGCAAUUUGGCAUGGUUGAUGUCUAUGAUAAAGCUUUUGCUGGGCUCUACUGCGUUUCGCAGCUAUACUUUGGGUAUUGCUAUUUGAAAGCUGGAAUUACGGAGCCGGUCAUCCCUCUUUGGGGUAUUCCAACGCUGGUGGGAUUGAGCCAAAAUUUUGGAGCAUGGCCACAAACAAACCGAUCUUCUGUGGAGUUCAUUGUGGCCGAUUGGCCCGAUUUCGAGCAGACCAGCACUCCGGUAUAUCACAAUCCCAACCACGUAUACGAAGGUACUGUCAACCUUCAGUUUCUCCUCUAUGAUAGGAUUUAUGUUAGCAGAUUUACAUUUCUUGCGGGCAUUUAUGCUGCUUUGUCUCGAAAGUUCCAUCCUCUUCUGCGUUUGAAGAAGUCUCGGCGGAACCCCAACUCUCGCAACUCACCAAUUGCUCUCUCGCAUGCUGAGAUGUACUCCAAGGAUCCACCCCUUCAGCACCAACUAUCAACUACCAAGGCUCUGAAAGCCAAGGCCAUGGCAAUUACGAAGCUUCAGCCAUGUAGCAACUGCGACGGCCACCAUCCAGCCUCCUCUUUCGUCUCUACGCAGUGCAAACAGUGCCGCGUCGCACAAGCCAAGAAUUUACCACCCGAAAAGAACAAGGAAAUCACGAAAUCAGAGGUUGAUGCUGCUCUUACACUAUUCAGCCGGCAGCCAGAGGAGUGGGAGAAGGGGCGGGAGUUUCGGUUUUCGAAUGGGGCUGUUUCGAAGAUUUCGUACCAAUGA